AAAAAAACACUAACAAAAAGCCAAUAAACGGUGAAGUGAACAUCAAACAUAAAACAGUUUUAUGUAUGUAUAUAUUAGCACAAAAAGAGAAUUUUUUUCGCAAUUUUCCCCUUCGAACUGUAUAUGGAAACUAUGACUUCUACACUGCUGCAACAACACGCUACACAAACAGCAACAACUACAGCACACCACUAUCAGCACAAAAGUCAUCAUCAUCAAAACCACCACCACCACCGCCAUUUGCAUUCACGUCAUCAUACGUCGACAACGACGACCACACAGGCCGCUGCCGCAGUUACUGUAGCCGCCGCCGCCAUGGCUUGGUCAACUGAGAAACUGCGGUUCUCUUGCGUGGAUAAUAUUGGUUUGCGACAACUAUGGAAAUUAAUUGCAUUGGAUAGCAGUAGUAGAGCAAAUAGUACAACAACAAGUAGAGCUAACGUUAGUGAGAGUGGCGCAAUGCAGCACAGUACUUGUAACAACAAUGUGGAUAAUGUACAGCAAAUGCAAAAUUGCCUUAGCAACAAUAAUAAUAAUGAGGUGAGUAAAAACUAUGAUAAAAACGACUUUGAAAAUUAUAUGGCCGACUAUUUGAAUCAACGUGAUAUACUACCCCCACCACAUCGGAUGUCAUUGUUGAAAUUUCUGGCCAUUAACGCAUUGGAAUUGAGCGCACCCGCAACGCCUGCGCUGCUGGAGCACAAUCAAAACAAUCAGCAUUUUAACGCAAACGUUAAACCGCCCGGUUGGAUGCAACUAUCCGGACAUCCAGAGAGCAUUGUCCCCACCACUGCCGGCAUUGUACGCAAACGCGUGGCCAAUCUGACGGACAAUGAGGUGCUCGCUUAUAAGAUGCUCACGCAGGAACCGCAAACCGCCAAGAUUGUACCACAGUUUUAUGGCGCACAAGAAGUAAAUGGCGAGUACUUUAUCGAACUACAGGAUCUAUUGAGUGGUUUCAAAGAUCCAUGUGUCAUGGACAUUAAAAUGGGUUGUCGCACUUUUCUCGAAUCGGAAGUCACAAACAAGACGCUGCGUCCGGAUUUGUAUAAGAAAAUGAUGGCAGUCGAUCCAUUGGCGCCAACGCUAGAGGAGCACGAAGCACAGGCAAUCACCAAACUACGUUACAUGCUUUUUCGCGAAUCGAUGUCUUCAUCGCAAUCGAAAGGUUUUCGCAUCGAAGCUUUGCGCCUACGCGGACGACCGCCCGUCAAAGAUCUGAAGACGGUACGCAAUAGCGAUCAAAUUACACAAACCAUAGAGCAGUUCUUGGGUGCUAAGCGCUCUGUAACCAAAGAACUAAUCAAGCGUUUAAAACAUUUGCGUUUAGUAAUGGAGAAAUCAGCAUUCUUUCAGCGACACGAAGUCGUUGGCUCCAGCAUUUUUAUUGUUUACGAUGAUGAUAAGGUUGGCGCUUGGUUAAUCGAUUUUGCUAAGUCACGACCCUUACCAGUGGGAAUUAGUGUUAAUCAUCGUGCGACUUGGAUACCCGGCAACUGCGAGGAAGGCCUACUCAAGGGCAUGGAUGAGCUUGUCAACGCAUUCGAAAAUGUUUAUGCAAGUCAUGGCAGUCGAAAGUGUUUGCAAAUAUAAAGCGCACUAAAACAGCAGCGGUGCUGCGAAACGGUGGUUCAGAAACGUUGACGUUUCUUCCUUCAUAUUAGGGGAAUAAUAUGAAUUAAGAUAAAACAAACGAAAUGUGUGAAUAUUUCCUAGCUCAAAACAAAUUGUAUGUGUAGGUGUUUCAUGUUUGUUCUUAUUUUGCCAGAAGACUGAUUUGCAUUGUGUGCAUUUAUACGAAUAUUAGUUGCAUAGAGCAUUGAAUUUAUUUACUUUCAUUUACUUUUGUAUUUUCCAUAUUGGAAACAACCUAUAAACAAACAAAAGAAAAUCACAAUUACAUUUUCAUAUCAUUAAUUCACAUACCUACAUACGAAAAUGAUGAAGAUUUUGCCGCAAAGAUUUCGUUACCAUAAACAAUUUAAAAGUAUUUUAGUUAGCUGCUUUAUGCUGCUCAUGCCCAUCAAGUUCCAGAAAUUGUAAAUACAAAAAUCAUACAUUCAUUAUUUCUAAACUGAAGAUGCAACAAAAAACAGGAAUUAUUGUUUAAGUAUAUUAAUGAAAAGUGUAAAAUCUAAAUUAAACGACAGCUGUAAUUUUGCAGCUAGAAAGUUACUUAAUAAAUAAUUGUAUGAUCCUUUUUUGUAGCUACAUAUGUAUGUUUAUGUUUAAGCUUUAGUCUUACGAUCUUUUUAUAUUAUUAAAAAAAAAAGAAAGCUACUAAGU